AUGCCUGCGCUCUGGCUAAGCUGCUACCUCUGCUUCUCGCUGCUCCUGCCCGCAGCCUGGGCCACCUCCAGGAGGGAAGUCUGUAAUUGCAAUGGGAAGUCCAGGCAAUGUAUCUUUGACCAAGAACUUCACAGACAGACAGGAAAUGGAUUCCGCUGCCUCAACUGCAAUGACAACACGGAUGGCAUUCACUGUGAGAGGUGCAAGGAAGGGUUCUACCGACAGACAGAAAGAGACCGCUGCUUGCCUUGCAAUUGUAACUCCAAAGGUUCUUUAAGUGCCCGAUGUGACAGCUCUGGCCGAUGCAGCUGUAAGCCAGGCGUGACAGGGAACAGAUGUGACCAAUGUCUGCCAGGCUUCCACAUGCUCACUAAUGCUGGGUGCACCGCAGACCAGAGAUUCUUAGACUCCAAGUGUGACUGUGAUCCAGCUGGCAUCGUGGGGCCCUGUGACAACAGCCGUUGUGUCUGCAAACCAGCUGUUACUGGAGAACGCUGCGAUAGGUGUCGACCAGGUUACUAUCAUCUGGAUGCUGGAAAUCCUGAGGGCUGCACCCAGUGUUUCUGCUAUGGCCAUUCAGCCAGCUGCCACAGUUCUACAGACUACAGCGUCCAUACUAUCACUUCCACCUUCCAUCAAGAUGUUGAUGGCUGGAAGGCUGUCCAAAGAAAUGGGUCUCCUGCAAAGCUUCAAUGGUCCCACCGCCAUCGGGACGUGUUUAGCUCAGCACGACGAUCAGAACCUAUCUAUUUUGUAGCUCCAGCCAAAUUCCUUGGGAAUCAACAAGUGAGCUAUGGGCAAAGCCUGUCCUUUGACUACCGUGUGGACAGGGGAGGCAGACACCCAUCUGCCCACGACGUGAUCUUGGAAGGUGCAGGUCUACGAAUCACAGCUCCCUUGAUGCCACUUGGCAAGACUCUGCCUUGUGGGAUCACCAAGACUUACACGUUCAGAUUAAAUGAACAUCCAGGCAGUAAUUGGAGCCCCCAGCUGAGUUAUUUUGAGUAUCGAAGGUUACUUCGGAACCUCACAGCACUCCGGAUCCGAGCUACAUAUGGAGAAUAUAGCACUGGCUACAUUGACAACGUGACCCUGGUUUCAGCCCGCCCUGUCUCUGGAGCUCCAGCACCGUGGGUUGAACAAUGCAUGUGUCCUGUUGGGUACAAGGGUCAGUUCUGCCAGGAUUGUGCUUCUGGCUACAAAAGAGAUUCCGCCAGGCUGGGGCCUUUUGGCACCUGUAUUCCAUGUAACUGCCAAGGAGGAGGAGCCUGCGAUCCAGACACAGGGGAUUGUUAUUCAGGGGAUGAAAAUCCUGACAUCGAGUGUGCUGACUGCCCCAUUGGUUUCUAUAAUGAUCCACAUGACCCUCGCAGCUGUAAGCUGUGCCCUUGUCGCAAUGGGUUCAGCUGCUCCGUGAUGCCUGAGACAGAGGAGGUGGUUUGCAAUAACUGUCCCCUCGGGGUUACUGGUGCCCGCUGUGAACUCUGUGCUGAUGGCUACUUUGGGGACCCCUUUGGGGAACGUGGCCCAGUGAGGCCCUGUCAGCCCUGCCAAUGCAAUGACAAUGUGGACCCCAGUGCACCUGGGAACUGUGACCAGCUGACAGGAAGGUGUUUGAAGUGUGUCCACAACACAGCCGGCUUCCACUGUGACCAGUGCAAACCUGGGUACUUCGGGGAUCCCUUAGCCCCUAACCCAGCAGACAAGUGUCGAGCUUGCAACUGCAACCCGAUGGGCUCAGAGCCUGUGGAGUGUCGAAGUGAUGGGAGCUGUGUCUGUAAGCCAGGAUUUGGAGGCCUCCAUUGUGACCACGCAGCAUUAACCAGCUGUCCAGCUUGCUAUAACCAAGUCAAGAUUCAGAUGGACCAGUUUACACAUCAGCUCCAGAGCCUGGAGGCCUUGGUUUCAAAGGCUCAGGGUGGCGGAGCUAUACCCAAUGCAGAGCUGGAAGGCAGGAUGCAGCAGGCCGAGGAGGCUCUCCAGGACAUCCUGAGAGACGCUCAGAUUUCAGAAGGUGCGAUUAGGUCCCUAAAUCUCCAGUUGGCCAAAGUGAGGAACCAAGAAAACAGCUACCGGAAUCGCCUGGAUGACCUCAAGAUGGCGGCAGAGAGAGUCCGGGCCCUGGGCAGUCAGCAUCAGAACCGCGUCCAGGAGACCCGCAGGCUCAUCACUCAGCUGCGCCUGAGCCUGGCGGAGAGUGAAGCUUCCCUGCGGAACACCAACAUUCCUCCCUCUGAACACUACAUGGGGCCAAACAGCUUUAAAAAUCUGGCUCAGGAAGCCCGGAAACUGGCAGACGGUCAUGUUGAGUCCGCCAGUAACAUGGAGCAACUGGCAAGGGAAACAGAGGACUUUUCCCAACAAGUGCUAUCACUGGUGCCCAAGCUUAUGGACGAAGGAGUAAGAGGAGGCAGCCUGGACAGCUCUGUGGUGCAAGAGCUGGUGGGAAAAUUAGAAAAAACCAAGUCCCUGGCCCAGCAGUUGAUGAGGGAGGCCACUCAAACCGACACUGAAGCAGAUAGGUCUUAUCAGCAUAGUCUCCGCCUUCUGGACUCUGUGUCUCAGCUUCAGGGCAUCAGUGAGCAGUCCUUUCAGGUAGAAGCGAAGAGGAUUAGACAAAAAGCUGAUUCUCUCUCUAGCCUGGCAACCCGGCGUAUGGAUGAGUUCAAGCGUGUACAAAGAAAUCUGGAAAACUGGGAAGAAGAAACCCAGCUGCUCUUACAGGAUGGAAAGAAUGGGAGACAGAAAUCAGAUCAGCUGCUCUCCCGUGCCAACCUUGCUAAAAGCAGAGCCCAAAAUGCACUAAGUAUGGGCAAUGCCACUUUUUAUGAAGUUGAGAACAUCUUAAAGAACCUCAGAGAGUUUGACCUGCAGGUUGGAGACAGGAAAACAGAAGCUGAAGAGGCCAUGAAGAGACUCUCCUACAUCAGCCAGAAGGUGGCAGAUGCCAGUGACAAGACUGAGCGAGCCGACUCAGCCCUGGGCAGUGCUGCUGCUGAUGCCCAGCGGGCAAAGAAGGCGGCAAGUGAGGCCCUGGGGAUCACAGACAAGAUAGAACAGGAGAUAAGGAGUCUGAACUUGGAAGCCAAUGUGACAGCAGAUGGAGCCUUGGCCCUGGAGAAGGGCCUGGCCACUCUGAAGAGAGAGAUGAGGGAAGUGGAAGGAGAGCUGGCAAGGAAGGAGGUAGAGUUUGACAUGGAUAUGGACGUGGUGCAGAUGGUAAUUACAGAAGCCCAAAGAGUUGACUCCAGAGCCAAGAACGCUGGAUUUACAAUCCAAGACACACUCAACACAUUGGAUGGCAUCUUACACCUCAUAGACCAACCUGGAGGCGUAGAUGAAGAGGGGCUGAUCUUAUUGGAGCAGAAGCUUUUCCGAGCCAAAAGCCAGAUAAACAACCAACUGCGGCCCUUGGUGUCAGAGCUGGAAGAAAGGGCGCAACGGCAGAGGGACCACCUCCGUUUCCUGGAGACAAGCAUAGAUGGGAUUCUGGCUGAUGUGAAGAACCUGGAGAACAUUAGAGACAACCUGCCCCCAGGCUGCUACAACACCCAGGCUCUUGAGCAACAGUGA